GAUUUGGGGAUUGUUGUUACUAGUGCUCUGUCACAAAAUAGAACAUUGUACAGUGCUGCUGCAGGGAACCUCAGUCUGCACUAGCUAGAAUUUGGGUUGUGCCAAAAUGUAUUUGGCAAAUAAAAGGAAUUACAUCGGCAAAUGACAGGAGUAGCAAGGAGUGGAAUGUUAGCUAAAAAGACUGCCACCCAGACUAGGGUAUACUACUAUUUCUAGGCCCCUACCUACCUGCUUUAUUGACAUGUUUCUUAUUUUUUUCCCUGAUUUACCGGUCUUGUGCUGUAUGGAUGGAAUUUUCCACACAUUCACCUGUGUAUAAACCUCAAACCCCCCUCUCCCUCCCUCAUUGUCUGGCAUAAAAGGAGCCGUGUCCAACCACUCUGCACUCAUUCCCCUCCAGCCAGAGCAGUACGACAGCAGCCUCCGUCACCAUGACCUCCUUCUCAAACCGCAGCUUUGUGGCCUCUGGUGGAUCCAUGAGAAUGGGCUAUCCUCGCUAUUCCGGUGGUAGCAUGGGAGGUGGACAGAUCAGCGCCAUGAGGGCCGGCAGCGAGUAUGGGGAUGCAGGUGGCUCCGGGGUGCGCAUCUCCAAUGCCUCUAACACUUGCUCUGCUGGUGGUGGUUCUCCCUGGAGAAGGCCAACGCUGAUCUGGAGCAUAAGAUCUGCAUGUUCCUAUAGUGAUCAACUUUCCAUCAGAUGACCGCAGCUAUUUUGAACCGCCAUCUUGCCCUCUGCUGUCUUCUAUUCCAUUGUGGAGCUUUCACUGU